GUUCCUCACUGCUCUCCUCUCUCUAUAAACCCUCCUCUAACCACUUCACAAAGAGCAAGCAAAGAAAGAAGAAAACCAAAAAAAUGUUCAGGAACCAGUACGACACAGACGUCACAACAUGGAGCCCAACGGGCCGUCUCUUCCAAGUAGAAUACGCCAUGGAAGCGGUGAAGCAAGGCUCCGCGGCCAUCGGACUCAGAUCUCGCUCCCAUGUGGUCCUCGCAUGCGUCAACAAGGCCCAAUCUGAGCUCUCUUCUCACCAGAAGAAGAUCUUCAAAGUCGAUGACCAUAUAGGCGUCGCGAUCGCUGGGCUGACCGCUGAUGGACGUGUUCUCUCUCGUUAUAUGAGAUCGGAGGCGAUUAAUCACUCGUUUACGUAUGAGUCUCCGCUUCCUGUGGGAAGGCUCGUUGUUCAUCUCGCUGAUAAGGCUCAGGUCUGUACCCAGCGGUCAUGGAAACGUCCCUAUGGCGUGGGUUUGCUGGUAGGUGGAUUGGAUGAGUCUGGAGCCCAUCUUUACUACAACUGCCCAAGCGGGAACUACUUUGAGUAUCAAGCUUUCGCUAUUGGGUCCCGUUCACAAGCCGCAAAGACCUAUCUGGAACGUAGGUUUGAGAGCUUUGGGGAUUCUUCAAGAGAAGAUCUGAUAAAAGAUGCUAUUCUGGCUGUGAGGGAGACACUGCAAGGAGAAACACUGAAGAGUUCUCUCUGCACAGUCUCUGUUCUAGGUGUCGGUGAGCCGUUCCACUUCUUGGACCAGGAAACUAUUCAGAAAGUGAUUGACACAUUUGAGAAAGUAGCAGAGGAUGAGGAAGUUGAGGCUGGUGAUGGUGAAGCUGCUGUUGCACCAGCAGAAGAGGGUGGUGAUGGUGGUGCAGGUGCAGGUGACCAAGAUGUUGCUCCAAUGGAAAUGUAAGGCUUUGUGUGUAACGCUGCAACUGUUUUAAUUAAAUGUUGGAUUUACUUUGGAUAAUUUCGUAUGAAUCAUUUGCAAAUCGCUGCGGCUUUUAGAUCAUAUGCUCGAAAACCUAGUGGAGUUAAAAUCAUUUGGUCAUUUUAAUAUGAUGCCGUUGAGACUCUGUUUUUAUCAUUUGGUUAUUUGAUUUAAUUCUG